CUCAAAAGCAUUUUUCAUGGUUGAUUCAAAGGAUUUGCAUAACUUUGGACAUGUAGACUGAUAGACCGUUAGUUACACAUGUUUUCACCCCUGUUCUUACACCGUUUGAGAUGUGGUUUCUCGUGUUUUAGACCGAUUUCACGCUAGGUUGUGUUUGUUUGUGAUAUUUCAGGUCCUGGCAAGUGAAUGAAGGUUUAGGAGCGAGUUCAGGGUCGAUUGGGCGAAGAUCGGGCACGAGACAAGUCGCAAAGGAAGUCACACGGGCUACCCUGAUGUUCACACGGCCGUGCAAGAGGCCAGUCUGGCCGUGUGACAUUCUGCGAGAGCAGACACGGGCAAAGUAGAAGAUCGACACGGCCGUGCAAGAGGCCAGUCUGGCCGUGUGGAAUUCUGCGUGAGCAAACACGGGCAAAAAGGAAGUUCACACGGCCGUGCCACUCUGGCCGUGCAAAGAGCCUGGAAUUCGAACUAAUUGGAACGCAGCGUUUUGACUCACACGGGCAACUGGGUAAGCCACACGGCCGUGCCACCCUGGCCGUGUGAGUCGGGAUUUUCUGCUUAAAACCCGAUUUUCAGCCAAAGGAGAAAGGGAGAGCUGGGUUUUGGAUCCCAAACACCCAAGGGACGAACCCUAGAGAGAGAGGGCGAUUUGAGGGCAUUCUUGGAGUAGAGAAGGAGGAUUUCUUCGCCUUGGAAGCUCGAGGAACAAGCCCGGACUUGAAGACUGAUCAUCUGAAGAUUCUUACUGCAGUCUCUCUCUUCUCUAUGGAGUAACUUCCCUUCACUUAGGUUUUGAGGAACCCUAGCUAUGUUUGUUUGAUUGGAUGAUUGUAUGAGUACUCUGACUGGAUAAUCUUGAGUUCAUAUUCAAUCUAUGCAUGUUUUCAUGAUUCAAUUCUGCUUUAGUCGAGAUUAUUGAUUCUGCUUUGAUUCUAUGAGAGGGAAUACCUGAUUAGGUCAAUAGAGCACCAUAGAUUGAUAGUAGUGGAUCGAUUGCUUUAGUCGAGGGUUGAUUCACUGCUUUGUAUCGAUUGAGAACCCCUUUCGAUAGAGGGAGUCUAGUUCAGAACGCCUUGAUCAGUUGUUCUAGAGAAGGAUACGUCCCUCUAGGCAAUUGACUCAAGAGGGCCUUGUUCCUUUAGUCGAGACUCAAGGUCUAGUCAAGGAUUCUCCGCAUUGUGAAUGAAAGUGAAACAGGUUAGAGAUCAUCAAUCGUUAAUCUGGCUAGUGGCUAGGGGGAAUCAUACCUAAGUGAGUUCCCAACCUGUAAUUAGAUUAACUUUAACUGUAGUUUGCUAGAGUAGUUUUAGUUCUUUCAUCUUAAUCUGAUUUGCUAAAUAAUAAACUGAAGCUGAGUAAUAGUAACUCUAGAGACCCGUGGAUUCGAUAUUUAUCACUUGAGCCACUAUACUGCAGUCCCUUUCAUUGGUUACACUUGGCCAUUGUUAGGUGUUGUGUUUUAGCGAGUCAAGUUUUUGGCGCCGUUGCCGGGGACUUUCUAGAGUAUUAGGAAAGGCAGAAGUUUGUUACUUUAGCGUUUAUCGUUUCUUUUCUUUUCCACCCUUGCUUUUCACUUGGGUGUUUUUGUUUUUGUUGGUGCAGAUCUGAAUCAUGGAUCCUAAUGGCUUCUCCAAUCAUUGGGGGUAUCCACCACCAUCUGGGUGGUAUUACCCCGAGACUCCGUGGAGCAAUCAAGGCGGAGAAGACUAUGGAUUCGGGUUCCAGUACCAACCCCCUUACUACGGAGAACAACCGGACCCCUGGGCAUAUCAAGAACAACCUCAUUAUCAAGAAGAAUUUCUCCCACAACCAGAAGGGCCAUCGGCGCUGGAGUUACUCAUGGAGCAGUUUGCUCGAGACUGUGAGAGAACAUGCUCCAGGAUGGAUCAGUGUGUCCAGGCCUAUCGUGAAACAGAGGAGAUCCUCCUGAGCCUUAAGAAGAGCGUCGAUGAUCUUGAGCGAGCUUGGGCACAACCUGCUCCAGAUCACCCUUCUGCUACCAUACUAGAAGAGGAGGAGGAAGAAGAAGGCAACAAGGACAUUGUGGAAUACACAGAAGUUGUCACGGAGAGCUCCCGUGAUGGUCAUGAUCAGGAAUGUCCUGUCGUAGCCGACCACACCUUCCCACACCCCAAACUGAGCUUUGAAGAGGCGGGCAUGAGUGAGGAGAUGCAAGAAGAUCUCAUGAAAGAAAUUGCUUGGCAACUUGCUCUCCAAUACGUGCUAGAAGAAGAAGAGCAAGAAAGGGUGCAGAAAGAAGUUGUGGAGGAUGGCGAAAGUGAAGCUGGAGAAGUUCUUGAUCAUUUCCCAGGGGUGAUACCACAUGAGGAAGGAAGGGAGGUUAAAGAAGCAAUUGGCGUCCAGGCUAAGGAUGAAGUUGAGGUGGAAGAGGCCUGCACCGGCCAUGAGUUACAUGUGAUAUCUCCACCAAACUUCGAGGAACUGCUUAGCAAGGACCCAUUUGCAGUGUCUCUUUGCCAGACCAAGGCCACCUCGACAUCGGUCCCUCUUGGUGGAUGCAAUGGUGGUCAAUCGAUGCUGUCUUAUCUGGUUUGGGGCAAUGAGACGAGAGAAGAGAAGAAGAGGUCUCGAGGGUGGAGACUUCAUCUGCAUCAAGUACAUGAGCCUUCAUCACCUGCCACACCACAUGCUCGUGACUUGAGACUCCACCUCAUCGACGAGAACCUCAACUUCAAGGAGGUUCUAGCAUGGACCGAAACUUAGGAGCCAUCGUCCGGCUCACGACGUGAAAGAAGCGCUUGUUGGGAGGCAACCCAACCAGUCGGUUUGCAUUUCUGUCUCUAUUUCUCCUCGGUUGAGUCAGUUUGCUAUUUGAUUUUAGAGUCAAUAACUCAACCUUUGUGAGAUUUUGUGUGGUGUUUGUGUUCUGAUUACUCUCUCUUUCUGGAUGGCACCGCCUGACCCGUUCAUCAUCAUUCACCCUUGAUCUGGUAACUUCGUUCUACCCUCCUUAUCUUUCCUCCAUUGAGGACAAUGUCGUGCUUAAGUGUGGGGGGAUGUUCGAUUAUUUAUGCGGGUGAAUGUUUGCUGUUUGUGUGCUUGGAGCCUAGUCCACUGUCCAAAUUUUUAAAUUUGAGGGCUCCAAGUACGUGUUUCCUUGCAAUUGCCUGCUCAGUAUGCUUUGAAUUGACAGUCUUUAUAGUAAUAUGCAACCUAGGGAGAUAGUGUAGCACUAUGGAGGAUGUUGAUGCAUUUAAGAAGUCUCAUGUCUUCUUCAUAUUGAGUUGGUUGAUUGAGUGAAUUAGUGAUCUUAGGACCCUUGAAUUGUGUGGUGUUGUGGAUUCUCUGCCUGUCAUAGACUCUUGUAUCAUGUUUUGAAAAUAACAGGUGCUCGAAAAUGUGCUUCAAAAUAAACGUCUCCCGUGCGA